AUGCCGGUCGGACACAAGCGCUUCAACGGGAAGAGGGCGAAUCCGAAUGACAACAUAACCUUCAUUCGCGUCAUGGAGGGGCUGUCCGACAGCGACACGGCCCUCAAGAUUCUCGAAGCUCUCGCCGCGCAGUUCAAGCCGAUCAUGAAGGAGUGGGGCUUCGGUGUCAACUCGCUCGUCGAACACGAAUGGAACCCGACAUUCGCAGGGAGGAACUGGAAUGCCGGAGAGGUCAUCGAGAUCGUGCUGAGGAGGCGGGACGGGAGCUUCGCCCCAUACCAGUUCCUCCUCUACGUCAUGUGCCACGAGCUCGCCCACAUCCGCGAAAUGAACCACAGCUGGUCCUUCCAAAAAGUCAACAAGCAAAUCCGCGCCGCCGUCAGCCAACUCCGCGCGCAGAAGUACUACGGCGACGGGUUCUGGUCGUCGGGUCGCUCGCUCGUCUAUCCGGAUGCGGAGACGCCUUUUGCGGCGGAGGACGAGCCGACGUUCGCGUGUGGUGGAGCGAACAAGCGCUCGCCGAGGAGGAGGAGGAGGGCGGUCCAGGCGGGUCCGAGCAGGGCGAGGGGCAGCGCGGUCAAGCUUGGUACCACGGGGAGGCAGACGGCGAUUCCGGCCAAGCCUGGGGGACGGGUCAAGCGCAAGGGCGCGUUCGGGGGAGAGGGCCAGGUCUUGAGCGAGGAUCCCGAGAUGAGCUCGUUCAGGCGCCGCGCGCAGGCCAAGGGCGCGGUCGAAGCCCGCGCCGCCGCAGCCGAAGCACGUCUCGCCGCCGAGAAGCGCGCGAAAGCCGCCGAAGCACGCGCUCGCGGCGAUCCCAUGCCCAACUCGCCGGACAAGAAGAAGGUCAAGGUCAAAGACGAGGAGGACGACGAGUGGGAAGACGCGGAAGGGUUCGAGCCUGAGGGAGAGGGGGAGGAGUGGGAGACGGAGCUCGAUGCGAACGAGGUCAAGCUUGAGGAGGACGAGAAGCGCUUCUUGGAGGAGGACAUGAGGACCUGGCGCGAGACGUUUGCCGAUGAUGAGGAGGAUGUCAAGCCGGACGUCAAGCCCGACAUCAACGGCGCCUCGUCGAGCAAGGGCAAGGGCAAGGCGUCCACCUCGUCGGCCGGAGCCAAGCGCAAGGCCCCCUCGCCCACACCUCGCGCCAAAGCGCCCAGCUCGAAGGCCCGCGCAAACGACUUCGACUUGCCGGACGACUUGACGCCUGAGGAGCGCGCCUGGAUUGAGGCGGACAUCAAUGGAGCGCACGACGUCGAGGAGGGCGCUGGAAAGAAGGUUCGAGUCGCUUACAUGCCGAUGCCGGAGUGGAUGGGCGGAGAGAAGAAGGGUAAGGGCAAGCGCGCCGCCUCGGCCAUCUCGAUCAGCGAUUCGUCUGACGAGGACGACUCGUCUUCGACACCCGCAACGAGUCGCGCCUCAAGCAAGUCCAAGGGCAAGACUCGGGCAGUCACUCCUCCGACGGACGACGACGACGCUGACGACGACGACGCUGACGACGACGACGCUGCCUCCGUCAUUGCGUCCUCCAAGCGCAAGAAGCGCGACAGCAGCGACGAGGUGGGUCGCCUCGUUUCCGCUCCUCUGCCUUGA